GCAACGUAAACGGCGUAGCGGGCGUGCAAAUUCGCGCGUCCAGUGCACGAGCUGCGUCCGCAGUGUGCAACAGUCACGUUCUGGACCCAGGAGAGCCGGCGCCAUGUCGCUGGAGGAGUGCGUGGGGCUGAGGUACAAGCUCGACAAGGCCGCCGACGACAACUUCGACGAGAUCAUGGGAGCACUCGGUGUGAACUACGUGCUGCGUAAGUUGGGCAACAUGGUUGCGCCAGUGAUGGAGCUGCUUCGCGAUGGAGACGAGUGGACGAUGAAGGUGACGACGGUGGUCUUGAACACUGUCACCAAGUUCCGCCUGGGCCAGGAGUUCGACAACGUGACCCCUGAUGGACGCAAGGUGAAGACCACCGUCACACGAGAAGGCAACAAGCUCUUCAUCGUUGAGAGGGGCGACAAAGUCUUCAAGUCAGUUCUAGAGUUCUCCCCUGAGGAGCUCGUAACGGUUGGAGAACUGGAUAACAUUGUUUGCAGAAGGCGCUACAAGGUAAUAAAGUGACGGAUACAGACUCUGCAGCACAGAAAGCUACUACCGAACGAUGGGUAUCAGGACCAAGAUGAUAUUUGAGGCACCUGCCAAUUGAAGACUUGGGACAGUACUUCAUUCUUCGUUCACCAUGCCUUCGCUGCGAAAUAACUUAAAGAAUUUAAAAACAUUUAAAUAACUUAAAGAAUUUAAAAACAUUCGUUUAAGGCAAUGGUAAUACGUUUAUUUUAAAAUACUGUGUGUUGAAACAUAUAAUAGUAUGUCGUAUAAUUUAUAUUAAAACCAGCGUUUUAAGUUCUGAAGUCCUAUGCAAGUGCUAACAUUCAGUAACGCUGUGAAGUACUGAAGACGUAAAUGGAAAGGAAGCCAA